GAGGGAGGGACCGAGGGAGAGUGAGGGAGCACGGGAUAAAUGGACAGGAGGAAAAGCUGAGAACAAAUCCAAACCAACCAAACAAUCCCAAUAUCCACAGACCACACUCUCCAUUGGACCACACAGCUCUCUCCCAACCAAAAACUAGGAAACCCCUGCAAGUCUCUGCAAGAACACCACCAUCCAAUCCUCCCGAAGAAAAGUACCGCGCAGAAAAUUAGUGGGAAAAAAAAGAAGGGAAGAGAUUGGUCAGAUUCAACUUUGGUCAGAUUACUCCACAUCAGUCCCCAUGCACUUGCUCUUCUGAGGAGACCAUUCCAAUCCAGCCCGUUCCACGGUUCCUGGGAAUCCUCGCCAAUCCAAUCAGUUCCUGAGUUGCCCAUACCCAGAUUUCUUCGGGAGCAGCUUCAUGAGAGCUCCUUGAGCUGCUGCUGCUCGUCUCGUCAUCGAUCCCAGAGAGGCCGUAGGAGCUUGUUGCUUGGGCUCGAUUAGCUGCUCGUCAUUUGGAUUGGGCGCCAUGGCAGCGUCGCCGUCGUCGAUGAGCGGCGGUGGCGGGGAGGCGGCGGCGGUGCGGACGGUGGUGUGGUUCAGGCGGGACCUGCGCGUGGAGGACAACCCGGCGCUGGCGGCGGCGGCGCGGACGGCGGGGGAGGUGGUGCCGGCAUACGUGUGGGCGCCGGAGGAGGACGGGCCCUACUACCCCGGCCGGGUGUCCCGCUGGUGGCUCAGCCAGAGCCUCAAGCACCUGGACGCCUCGCUGCGCCGCCUCGGCGCCAGCCGCCUCGUCACCCGCCGAUCCACUGACACCGUCGCCGCGCUGCUCGACCUCGUCCGCAGCACCGGCGCCACACAUCUCUUCUUCAACCACCUCUACGACCCGCUGUCACUGGUCCGGGACCACCGGGUGAAGGAGCUGCUGGCGGGCGAGGGCAUCACCGUGCAGUCCUUCAACUCCGACCUGCUCUACGAGCCAUGGGAGGUCCUUGACGACGAUUGCUGCCCGUUCACCAUGUUCACGCCUUUCUGGGAAAAGUGCCUCUGCAUGGCUGACCCUGCCGCCCCGCUGCUGCCACCCAAGAGGAUACAUUCAGGUGACUUGUCAAGAUGCCCGUCAGAUGACUUGAUCUUCGAAGACGAGUCAGAGAGGGGGAGCAAUGCGCUGCUAGCACGGGCAUGGUCGCCGGGGUGGCAGAAUGCUGACAAGGCAUUCGCGGCUUUCCUCAACGGUCCGCUGAUGGACUACUCGGUGAACAGCAAGAAGGCGGACAGUGCAAACACAUCCCUGCUCUCCCCAUACCUGCACUUUGGUGAGCUGAGCGUCCGCAAGGUCUUCCACCAGGUCCGAAUGAAGCAGCUAACAUGGAGCAACGAGAGCAACCUUGACGGCGAGGAGGGCUGCAGCCUGUUCCUCCGAUCCAUCGGCCUGCGAGAGUACUCGCGGUACCUCACCUUCAACCACCCGUGCAGCCACGAGAAGCCACUCUUGGCUCACCUCAGGUUCUUUCCCUGGGUUGUCAAUGAGGUCUACUUCAAGGUCUGGAGGCAGGGGAGGACCGGCUAUCCUCUUGUUGAUGCCGGCAUGAGGGAGCUCUGGGCGACCGGGUGGCUUCAUGACCGGAUACGCGUCGUCGUCUCGAGCUUCUUUGUCAAGGUCCUGCAGCUGCCAUGGCGCUGGGGGAUGAAGUACUUCUGGGACACCUUGCUGGACGCCGACCUGGAGAGUGACGCGUUGGGUUGGCAGUACAUUUCCGGGUCUCUUCCUGAUGGCCGUGAACUUGACCGAAUUGACAACCCUCAGUUUGAAGGCUACAAGUUCGACCCAUAUGGGGAGUAUGUCCGGCGAUGGCUACCGGAGCUAGCGAGGCUGCCCACAGAAUGGAUUCACCACCCCUGGGAUGCACCAGAGUCCGUGCUGCAGGCUGCAGGAAUCGAGCUAGGCUCGAAUUACCCUCUCCCCAUUGUUGAGCUCGAUGAAGCCAAGUCCAGGUUGCAGGAGGCCCUGUCGGAGAUGUGGGAACUGGAGGCGGCGUCCCGUGCGGAGAUGGAGAACGGGAUGGAGGAAGGCCUUGGAGACUCUUCGGACGUGCCCCUGAUCGCCUUCCCUCAAGAGCUGCAGCAGAUGGAAGUGGACCGGGAGAUGGUACGAGGUACUAUCCACAUACCAACACCAGCUGGCCGGAGACGAGCAGAUCAGAUGGUGCCUAGCAUGACCACUUCAUUGGUCAGAGCUGAAACAGAACUUUCAGUGGAUUUUGGGAGCAGCGAGGUGAGUAGGGCAGAGGUGCCUUCGCAGGGCCACUUCCAGCCUCAGAUGGAAAUCAGAGAAGUUGUCAAUGGCGGCACUGCUGCCACAAAUAAUGGCGUUCACCACCAGCAGUAUAACCUUCAGAAUAACCUAAACCGUGUGCGGGGUGGCGUAGCACCAUCCACAUCAGAGGCAUCUAGCAGCUGGACUGGGAGAGAAGGCGGGGUGGUGCCAGUUUGGUCGCCUCCGGUAGCGUCAGGUCAUUCAGAUCCUUAUGCUGCCGAUGAAGCUGACAUUUCCAGUAGGAGUUAUUUGGACAGGCACCCCGAGUCACAUAGGUUGAUGAACUGGAAUCAGCUCUCGCAGUCAUCAUGAAAUCAGAUGCAUGCGACGCUGGAUGUAGGACAUCAGGCUGGGAAAUGGAAAAUUGAUGCCGUGCAUCCGAAUUUAACUGGGUGGGAGUUGGACAGUGAGGAAUACAUAUGUAUAUUAUUAUUACCUUUUGUUCAUCUAUAGCCUUGGUAUGCAUGAAUCAGGAGUGCAGCUUCCUGGGAACAAUAAGUUAUGUAAAACUAGUCUUAUAGAACUUUUGUGGUAGUUGUCAGAAGGAUAUGUACCAUCUAUCAGAUAAGAGGGUUUCCUAGGAUUAUGUAUGUAAUUGUACAUUACCUUUUGGUUAUUUCUAUCUUUGCUGAUGGAAUAGUCACCAUAGAGCUGGCAGUUCGUGUCAGUUCAGCAGUA